CUUCACCGUUCGUGUAAUUUCGAAACAGCUCACUUAGAAAGAAGAAUUAGACCUGCAGCAAAAAUAAAAUAAAAUAAAAUAAAAUAAAAAAUAAAUAGUUUGCUGCGGCAGGAAGGUGGCAUGUUUUCGUUAAAAUAGUGUUUCAGGCGAAGUGGUGGCUUUCAGAAAGUGAGCUAUAUUCAGUCAAUAUACCAAAACAUUAACAAUAACAGUGCACUGGGUUAGCUAGGUAGCUAUAGUUACUCAGAGGGGUUGUGGUGUGGAAGAGAUGAGGGAGAAUCAAACUUGUUAAAUUAUUAAUACUCAAUACGCCACUGGUCAGGGUGUUAACCUGCUGUUUGUUUUAGCGAUGGAGCAGAGCUGCCCACCUGUUUGGAGGACCUGAAGUCGGGCGGGUACUGAAAGUAAGCUGCUGUCCUAAAGGUUGGGAUAGUUAAAUGAUUUGAAAUAGCAAAACACUGAAACGUAACUGCCAGACAAAUACUGAAGAAAAACAGUUUUCAACGGGCAAAAGGCUAAAUGCAGUAAAACGGUGAAAAUGCGUUAAAAAUAGCAUUGUUCUCAACCAUUUGUAGUACCAUUUAAGGUGUUACCGACCAGUUCUUCCUAAAUAACCGACUACCUCACCGGUCCCCGCUCAAAGAAAUGGACGUGUAUUCAGCCAGCGUGUGGCCUCGCCUGGAGCCCUUUCUGCUCGGGGCGCUGCAAGCUGCCCCGCCCGGCAAGCUCAGUGUGCACUACCUGCGUAAAAUGGCCAGCUACGUGCGCACUAGAGAGGGCUGCUUCCCACGGCUGGGCUGGCACAUGUGGCGCCACAUCGCCUGUGGGAAGCUGCAGCUACCCGAGGACUUGGCCUGGCUCUACUUCGAAACUUUUGACCUGCUGGCGCCGCGUUCCCCUGAGGAGAAGCUGGAAUGGGCUGAAGCUCUGUCUCAAUGCCAGUCCCCUCGCGAGCUGGACCGGCAGCGCAGCAAGCAGCUGAACCGCGUUUCUCUGCGCACCUCCCUCAUCGGUGAGGAGUGGCCGAGCCCUCGCUCUCGCUCACCCGCCUCCUUCUCAGAGAGAGAGGCCAAAGCCAGCUCCCACAACAAGAACUGGGAUGACCAGGCACACCUCACCUUCGUGCAGACGCACCUAACCGAGAUUCUCGAGCUGCUGGCUGAACCGGGCGAGCUGAGCAGCUCGGGCCAGCCACCGCGGGAUGGCCAGCUCCUGCCCGCAGCCCUGCAGGGUCUGAGCCUGCUGCUGGAGGGUUCGGCCAGUCACGGGCGCGCUGUGCACCCCCUCCACCGGCUGCUGGGCCGUGCGCCGUUCCAGACCCAAGCAGGCUACUCCAAGCUGAGCCGCUCCUACUCGCUGCAGAAGCUGCAGAGCUGGCUCCACCAGGCGCUCACUCUCAACCCCUUCGGCAUGUCCACCUGCCUGCGCUCAGGCAAGAAGCUAGCCUGGGCCCUUCAAGUGGAGGGCACCAUGAAGAGAGCAAAGAUAGCCAGGAACACACACCUGGCUCCUCCAGGCAGCCGUGUGGUGCUGAUGUCCCAGCUUUACAAACAGACGCUGGCCAAGGACUCCGAGAAGCUGGCAGAUGCUAACGUCAAACUGCACCGCUGCAAUGAGGCUUUCAUUUACCUACUUUCCCCUCUCAGGUCAGUGACCCUGGACAAGUGUCGCAACAGCACGGUGGUGCUGGGUCCAGUGGUGACCAGUGUGCACGUCCAGAGCUGCGAGAGCGUGCGGCUGGUGUGCGUGGCAGCUCGCCUGGCUGUGGGCGCCUCCUCCCACUGCACCAUCCACAUCCUCACCCCCACGCGCCCCCUCCUACUGCCCGGCAAUGUGGCCCUCACUCUGGGACCCUUCCACACCUACUACCCCACUCUGGAGGACCACAUGGCCAGUGUGGGCCUGGCAGUCGUGCCCAACCUCUGGGAUAAGCCGCUUCUGUUCGGGGCGGAUGGCCCUACUCCAGACCCAGCCUCCUACCGCAUCUUGCCACCGGCUGAGUUCUGGCCUCUGGUGGUUCCCUUCCAGAUGGAGGGAGACACCUGUGAGGUUCCCGGGGGGCUGCCGCCAACAUACCAGCAGGCGGUGGAGGCCCGUGAGCAGAGGGUUCAGGAUUGGCAGAAGACGGUGAAGGAUGCACACCUCAACAAGGAGCAGCGGCGCCAGUUCCAGGUCCUGGUGGAGCAGAAGUUCCAUGAAUGGCUGCUGGAGAGGGGCCAGAGGCAGGAGCUAGACAGCCUGCUGCCCGCAGCCGUUACCCCGUCCCACCCCACCGACAGCGCACUCUCUACCUGUGGCUCCCAACCUUCUCUCCAUCGCCCAAAAGAGCAGGCGGCCCAACGGGCAGUGGGGCGGACACCUACAGUUUGCUGAGCGCACGGACUCUAAAGUACACCCGUGCUUCCCUCACUUAAGCCUGAUUAACCUCCGCUUUUGCCUCCGCCGGGCCGGGAGUGUGGGUUUCGUACCCUGACCUCUGAACCGGGAGGCAGAGCCUCGGUCAGCAUUUUGGGUUCAGCAGGUUUGUAGGGACUGUAGUUUCACAGCACUCAGGAGAUGUUGUAGAUGUUGUUUAAUGCAAAAAGGAAUGCUGGAUUACAAAAAUUACAUUUUGAAGCAACUUGUCUUAAAACAUGGUACAAUAUAUGCCUUAGAUGGCUUGCCUUAUAGAGUAGGAAAUAUGCUGGAUGUGUAGCUGCAGAAGAGUUGUGAUUGUUAGAAAUGAUUCCCGUGAGCUGCAAGCUACAAGGCCUUUGCAGUUUUCUCAUUACUAGCAAGUUGAACAGGUAGUGAUAAAGCAGUGGUGCCUGAGCCCUGUGCAGGAUGACGGCCAGGUUAGUGCUGUAUUUAUGAACAGGAGAAGGAGUCUGUUAGUGACAUGAAUUACAAUUAGGAAAGGACUGAGGAGACUCCUGUUUUACCUGCACAAUAUGAAUUAAUUUAAUACAGUAAUUUAAAGCUAUUAGCUUGCUAUUGGAACAGGGUUUUAUGAGUGCAUUAAUAUGCAGUCAAGGAAUUGUACACAUUUUUCAGCAUUUUUAUUUCAUGCUUCAAACCUGCGAGCUUAAAUAUCAAAAUUUUCUUUCCUUACACUUAGUGGCCAGUAUGGUUGUGAAUGGAUCUGUUUCCCUGCUGUAGCUUAAUUGUAUAAAAUCCUUGCACUAUAGAUGCACUUAUGCCUUCACACUGAUAAGUGCCCAUUACUGUGUGCUCUACACCCAUGAUUCAGUAGCCUAGUUCUAAAGAUUGGGUAACAUUUUUGACUUGUACACUUUUUGCAUUAUAAGGUCUAUAGCUAAAUCCAGAGGAUUCUUUUUUAGAGAACAGAUGAGCAGUUUUGUAUUAUGUUUAGUUCAAAAGAACAGGCUUAGUAUAAAAACAAUAAAAGAUGCUUUAUCUUGUA